CACAUUUAAAACCCCUCUCUCUCACACACACACCCCACCUCAUCUCUCUCUCUACUCUCUCUCAUCUCCAUCUUCUCCAACAAGCAAAUGAAACAAUAUAACCCCUCAUAAUUCAUUCAUUCUCACCUUCAUCUAUUCACAGCAUCAUCAACAAUGGCAUCAUCUCCUCCUCACGGAUGCCUCCAAAAGAAACACUGGUGGUGGCUCACAAACAAAAAGAUUGCUGACAUGUAUAUAAAACAAGCUAGAUCAUUAUUCGUAUCCAAACAAGAUAACAACAUCGCUUCUGCGAUUAACCUCCUUGAUUCUGCACUCGCUGUAUCGCCUACGUAUGAACCGGCUUUAAAACUGAAAGCUACGGCUCUCCUUCAUCUCAGAAGGUUCAAUGAAGUUGCGGAUAUGCUUCAGGAUUAUAUUCCGAGCAUGAACAUGAUGUCAGAUGAUGCAUCUUCAUCGUCUUCAGAUAAUAACUCGCAACCGCUGGUUAGAGAACGAGUUAAGCUUCUGUCCGAUUCCAAUGACUCGGUUAAUGGAUUGGAGGGAGCGGUUAAGUGUUUUUCGGUGUCUGAUUUGAAGAAGAAAGUUGUUGCAGGUUUUGUUAGAAAUCGGAACAGAGAACAUCAAUGGAGGUACUUGAUUCUAGGUCAAGCAUGUUUUCACCUAGGGUUACUAGAAGACGCAAUGGCACUUCUACAAACCGGAAAACGCCUCGCCUCCGCGGCAUUCCGCCGCGAAAGCAUCUGCUGGUCCGACGACAGUUUCGCCUUCACCGGCGAAACAUUCACCACCAGCAACCAUCCACAUACAACACCACACUCUGAAAACAUCAAUAACCUCCUAAACCACAUCAAACUCCUCCUCCGCCGCAAAACCGCCGCGAUCGCAGCCGCGGAAGCCGGUUUACACGCCGAAUCCAUCAGACAUUUCUCCAAAAUCAUCAACGCCCGUCGUGGAUCGCCUCCACACUUCCUCGCCGACUGCUACAUUCGCCGCGCCAUUGCCUACCGUACCACCGGUAGAAUAACCGAAUCUACAGCGGAUUGUAACCGUACAUUAGCGUUAAAUCCGUCAUGCAUCGAAGCCCUAACCGCGAGAGCCGAGCUAUUUGAAUCGAUCCGUUGUGUUCAUGACUCGCUUCACGACUAUGAACACUUAAAACUUAUUUACAACUCAAUUCUCCGUGACCGGAAACUCCCCGGUCCGGUAUGGAAGCAACAAAAAGUUAGUUACAAUGAAGUUCCUAACAAACUCCUAACAAUUUCAACUAAAAUUGAAAAACUAAAACAAAGAGUUGCAAAGGGAGAAACUAGAAAUGAUGUUAAUGAUGUUGAUUAUUAUGCGUUAUUCGGGGUGAGAAGAGGUUGUUCACGAUCCGAAUUGGAGCGAUCACAUUUGUUACUAACCAUUCGUUACAAACCCGAUAAGUUUUUAAAUUUUGUUGAGCGGUGCGAGUUUGUAGACGCGGGUGAUGUAGAAUUGGUUAAGGAGCGCGCGCGAGUGUCCGGUUUGUUAUUGUAUCGGUUGAUUCAACGGGGGUAUACGAGUUUGAUGAGAAUAGUUUUGGAUGAAGAAGCGUUAGAGAAACAAAGAAUGAAGGUUAAACAUGAUGAGCUUCAACAACAAUGUGUUGAAAUGGUAACAAUGAGGAACAAUAAUAGUGAUAAAAUUGAGAAGAAGAAUGUGUUUCAAGGGGUGUUUUGUAGAGAUAUUGCAGUUGUUGGGAGUUUGUUGUGUCAAACAGGGUUUAAUCAUCCAAUUCAAGUGAAAUAUGAGGGUUUAAGCUGUUAGAUUAUCAUUAUAAAAUGGUGAUGUACAAAAUGGGUGGUAGUGGUGGUUUAUUGUGGGGAAAAUUUUUCCAAUUUUGUCAGCAAUUGUCUCUAAUAUAUGUGUUAUUUUAUUAUUUUAUUUA